CCACUACUGCGACCACGAUGGACUGGAUCAAACAUAUCCGGAAGCUGAUCCAGGAGCACACCAUACACCUGGGGGAAGCGCUCAAGGAGCCGAGACGUAUUCCCAAAAAGAGCACAGACAAGCUCAACAAGAGUCGAAGGAAUGGAAAACAUGAAGAUGAAGUUGAAGGCAAUGAAAUAGAGUGGCCAGUAGAAAAGAUUGAGGCCUGCUACAUUGGAGGACCCUGGCUAUUACCCGGUACAAAGAAAAGCGGGGAUCUCAAAGUCUGACAUUCAAAUAGGAGCUUCUAUAAACUUGCACACAUUGACAAGAUCCUUGUAAAAAGAAACCAAAGACAACAGCUUUGGACUAUUCCAAAACGUUUUAAUAUAUGCAUAUACUGUAUAUAAUUGUUUAGUUUUUGUACACUUUUUAAAAAAUGAU